AUGUCCGCGCCGAUGCAUGGGGACGCGGAAGGGGCCAUGGACGCCGAGGUAGACGCGUUCAUGGCGCCAAGCUCCGAGAGAGGAAGCCUCUCGCAUGUGGGCUCGGCCAGCUCGAUCGGCUCGUCGGGACGAGGCUUGAAGGCCGUGCCCCGCCUGGACCUCCCGCGCGACGACGAUGCGCUCCUCGACGACGGGGACGCAAACGCGGGCACGUACACGCGCGUCCAUCUUCGUGUCCGCGCCGAGACGCGCAUUGGCGAAGAGCUGCAUUGCUCUGGCGCAUCGUACACGAUGGGCCAGUACAACCCGAGCGAGAGCAUUGAACUGGUGACGACGCCCGAGGAAUACCCGAUUUGGCGGACGUCGAAGCCGCUCAUCUUGCCGCGCGGAAUCGCUCAUAGGUAUAUGUACGCGCUCUUCCUCGGCGGCGCCUUCUCCAAGUGGGAGCAGAUCGACCAGGACCGCGUGAUCGUGCCCGAGGGCCGCGAGAUGACGAUCGCCGAAGACUUUGGCACGUACGACCCCAACAGCGUGCUGCAACGAACGUCGGAAAUCCACAACCGAAGCAUCGUGUACAUGCGCAAGGUCCUCACGCACAGCGCCAAGCAAGCGCAGAUCACGGGCAAGGUUGACGUCAAGGGCCUCGUCGCGUCGGCCAUGCAGCGCUCGUCGUCCGUGCUGCGGUUCCGCCAAGGUGGCACAAAGGAAAAGAUGCAGCCGCGCUUCAAGCGCCACGCGUCGUCGAACUACAAGCCGAACGAGGACGCGACGCUCUUUCUCAUCUGCUACCACCUGCCGAUCCAUCUACACAAGAUUGACGGGAUGUGGCACGCCGAGUGGGACAAGGACAGCUUGAUUGCGCGCUCGGAAGGCACGAUCGCGCAGAGCAUGAACGUCAAGUGGGUCGGCUGCGUACCGAUGGAGUACCAAGGGUCGCCGAUGACGGACGACGACAUUGCCGAGAUCACGGAGCUCCUCACGGCCAUGGACGCGCAUGCGGUCUUUAUCAGUCCCGAGGUCGCAGCCGACCACUACCAAGGCUACUGCAAGUCGAAGCUGUGGCCCAUGUUCCACAACGUCGACAUUCUCGACAUUUACUCGUCGGUCUGGGACGAUGGCGAGUAUACGAGCGGGAAGGAAGAGAAGAACAACGGUCGCUGGUGGGCGGCAUACAACAAGGUCAAUCAGUGCAUGGCGCAGGCGGUCGCGGACCUCUGCAAGCCCAAGGACAUUCUCUGGGCCCAAGAGAAGCCGCGGCCGCAAAUUGUCUUCUUCCUCCACGUGCCGUUUCCCACGUCCGAGAUCUUUCGCGAGCUCUCGAACGGCACGGCGUUGCUCGAAGGCGUCCUCGAGGUGGACGUUGUCGGCUUUCAUACGUUUGACCACGCGCGCCACUUCCUCAACGCGUGCAAGCGCUUCCUCGGGCUCACGUACCAGUCGCGAUGCGGCGUCAAUCUCGGCGUCGACUACAAGGGCCGCAACGUUGUCAUCACGAUCAGCCACGUCGGCAUUGAGAAGGAGAUCAUCCGUCAAGCGCUCAUGAACCCAGAGGUGCAAGCGGCGGCCGCCGCGCUGCGGGAGAAGCACAAGGGCAAGCAGCUCAUUGCGGGCAUUGACCCGUGUCAGCGCCUCAGCGGCAUCCCGCUCAAGCUGCUCGCGUUUGAGCAGUUUUUUAGCAUGUGCACGAACCUCAAGGACAAGCUCGUGCUCGUGCAGCGCUGCCACUUUUCGACCGCGCGCCUUGGCGACGAGGAGUACUCGAGCCACGAGAUCCGCGAGCUCGUCCAGCGCAUCAAGACGUCGCACGGCGACGUCAUCGACUAUGAAGAAUCGGAGCGGCCGCUCGGGCUCCACGACCGCGUCGCGCUCUGGCUGGCCUGCGACAUUCUCAUGGUGACGUCGAUUCGCGGCGGCCUCAACUUGUACCCGCUCGAGUACGUCUUUGCCAAGGGCGCGCUCCCGGGCAGCAAGGCCGGUGUCGUGAUUUUAAGCGAGUUUUCCGGCUGCUGCUGCGUUCUCAACGGCGGUCUGCGCGUGAACCCAUGGAACAUUUCCGAGGUCGUCAACGGGCUCGACCGCGCCAUCAACAUGAGCGACGAGGAGCGCAUGGGCCGCCGCGCGCGCGACUUGCCGUACAUUACGAGCCAGCCAUCAUCCAACUGGACGCGCCAAGUGCUUGCGAUUCUGCAAGAGUGCAGUGAGGAAGACGACGACACGAGCCUUGACUUUCAGAAACUAGACGUGGCCAAGGUCCAGCAUGCGUACAAGACGUCGCGGCGCCGCGUGUUUCUGUUGGAUUACGGCGGCACCAUCAUCUCGCGCGAAAACAUCUCGAUGUACAUGAAGAAGGACUUUACGGCUGUCACGGGCAAGAUUCCAACGGCGCGCAUGAUGGCGUCGCUCCAAAAGCUGUGCGCGGACCCAAACAACACGGUGUUUAUCAUCUCGGGCGUGAGCCAAGUCAACUUGACCAACAUCCUCGGGCACAUUGACGGGCUCGGGCUCGCGGCCGACAAUGGCGCCCUCUUUUCGUGGGCGCGCUCGAUUCAUACGCACUACCAGCCCAAGGACGCGACGACCGACAGCAGCGACGAGUCGGACAGCAAUGCGUCGCGGUCGUGGUUCCACCACCGUGUCGAGUUUGAUUGGCAGCCGAUCCGCGAGAUUGUCGACCCGAUCUUGCGCACGUACCUCUCGCGCACGAACGGCAGCGUGAUCCGGUACAUGGACCAAGGCAUUGCGUGGAACUUUCGGUCGACGGACCCGGAGUGGGGUCUCAUUCAGGCCAACUCGCUCCAAACGGACCUCGAAGAAGUCAUCAAGGACCUUCCGAUCACGAUCGUGCGGAAGAAGGGCCUCCUCGAGAUCGUGCCCGAGGGGCUCAACAAGGGCGUCGUCGCGCGCCACAUUCUCUCGAGCGACGCAGAGCUGCACCGUGGCCACCCGGACUUUAUCUUUUGCAUUGGCGACGACACGACGGACGAAAGCAUGUUCAAGUGCAUAUACGAGUACUACGCCGAGCGGUCGGAAGAGAGCGUCCACGGCCAGGCGUCGAUGCUGCAGAACACGAGCGGCGACGAUGGUCGGCUCCACAUUACGGGGUCGCUUCAGCACGUGUUUACGUGCACGGUCGGGAAGAAACCGAGCAACGCGCACCUGUACAUGAACAACGUCGACGACGUCGAGAACCUCUUGUACUCGCUCGGGCACUAG